CAUCUUAUCAGAUAUGGCGAACCGGUAAUACGAAGAGCUGUUCCACUAGCACUGGCUUUAAUAUCAGUAUCCAAUCCUCAAUUAAACAUUCUGGAAACAUUAAGCAAAUUUUCGCACGAUGCAGAUGCUGACACUGCUCACAACGCCAUCUUCGCUAUGGGAUUGGUAGGAGUUGGCGCCGGCACGAAUAAUGCUCGUCUAGUUGCAAUGUUACGAUCGUUGGCAAGCUAUCAUCAUAAAGAUCAGGUUUCACUGAUGUUGGUACGACUUUCGCAAGGUCUUACCCAUUUGGGUAAAGGUACGAUGACUCUGAAUCCUUGGCACUCUGAUCGGCAAUUAUUGUGCCCAAGUGCUAUUGCUGCAUUACUCACCAUAUGCUUUGCAUUCUUGGAUGCCAAUAAUUCAGUAAAUGCUGACACUGCUCACAACGCCAUCUUCGCUAUGGGAUUGGUUGGCGCCGGCACGAAUAAUGCUCGUCUAGUUGCAAUGUUACGAUCGUUGGCAAGCUAUCAUCAUAAAGAUCAGGUUUCACUGAUGUUGGUACGACUUUCGCAAGGUCUUACCCAUUUGGGUAAAGGUACGAUGACUCUGAAUCCUUGGCACUCUGAUCGGCAAUUAUUGUGCCCAAGUGCUAUUGCUGCAUUACUCACCAUAUGCUUUGCAUUCUUGGAUGCCAAUAAUUCAGUAUUGAAUAAUCGACAGCAUUACCUGCUUUACUCACUCGUACUAGCCAUGCAACCUCGAAUGUUGGUUACGUUAUGUGAAGAUGAUAAGAAGCCAGGACAGUUGAAGCAGGUUGGCGUGACCGUGCGUGUCGGCCAAGCGGUAGAUGUUGUGGCUCAAGCGGGUAAACCGAAAACAAUCACCGGUUUCCAAACACACACUACUCCUGUUUUAUUAGCUUACGGUGAACGAGCGGAGCUAGCGAAUGAAGAAUAUAUCUCUAUGACUCCCUACCUAGAAGGUUUGGUGAUAUUGAAGAAGAAUCCCGACUAUGAUGUACCGGUAGCCGCUAAGAAGUAG